UCCUCUGCUCCUUCCCAUGGAUUACCUCGUGCGCACUGCGGACCUUGACGACUUGGAUGCCAUCAACACGCUCAUCCACUCGCCCACCGUCAAGUGGUUCGGCAAUAUUCGCCCCAAGUAUGCGGACAAGACGAAGCUCUUCAAGUGCUAUCAAACCUAUCGCAUGGUGGUGGUCCAUGGACCCACAGCUGCGAGGAUUGCCUAUGCGGAGUUCCGCAACUAUCCCUCGAUCGAUGCGCUGCCCAGCGACUGCUGGCCCGAGUGGCUGUCCGUCAGAUAUUGUCUCCCCAUGCCUCUCAGCCUCCUCAACACAAUGUUCCUCAAUUUUUGUGUCUACAAAAGCGAGAAUGGCGACGCCGUGGCCAGCAUCUUGAGGGAUAUUUUGUACAGAGAAAGUCGCGUGUGGUACAUCCUUACAGUGAAGAGUCCGAAGAUACCACAGCCCACGUACUAUGCGGAGACAUUCGCUGAUCUGGAGCAGUAUGCGGACCUCUACUAUCCCAGAGAGUUCUCCAUCGAGAACAACUUCAAUACGCAGGCGCUGUACGUCGUCUAUCGGUUCAAGCUGCUGCCAAAGAUCACCUAUCGCAGGGCACUUCCCGAGGACAACGACGACAUUGUGGCCAUCCACGAGUACGAAUAUCCCGAGCUGCGCGCGGAGCUGGGCGACUUCUACAUUGCCGAGGAGAUCCUGCGCACGGACAGUGGCAGGGAGAAGAGUUUCCUCAUCGUCGCAGAGACGGAGAACGAGUGCCAGCAGACCGAAACGGCAGUCUUCCUUUGGCUGUCCACGGACAUAGACAUUCGCUUCUAUGUGACGAACUACGAGCUGGAAUCGCUGGGCAACCUGGUCAAAGCGGUCGAGGAGGGUCAGUCGAUUCAUGUGGAGACGUUCAACGUGUCCUCUGUGCAGCCCAAGAGCGCCGCCUGCCUGUUCACCUCCGACGCGCUGGACGAUCUGGAUGCGAUGACCAUUCUGGGCGGUCUGCAAAGGAACGACAGCAGCCUGAGCGUUUACAGCGCGGGAAAGGCAAAUGUCAGCUCCAUUCAGGGCGUCAUCAUCGAGGCGCAUGUCUCGACCUGCUCGAACAAGUUCUUCAUGCGGGAGAGCCUCUACUCGAAGCUGAAGUACAUCAUUGACAAGCUGGACAGCCCCGAGUACUACAUCAGCAAGGAGCCAAAGUCCAUCAAUGUCUUGUAUGCCGCGGGGCCACACCCACGUGGCAGCCCCUUGGGCCUCGAUGCAGCUGCAAAUGUCUUUGUCCUCAAGUACAUUGGAGCGCGGGAGGACUUUCCGCUGGAGCGGCUCUUCAACAGCGUCGUGGCCAUGUUCUGCGCCUUUCCCGAUCGCGAUUACUGCAUGAUGCUGAUCUCGAAGGAAACAAGGUCCAUACGCAGCCACGUGGAGGUGUUGAAGUACUUUAUGCCCGUGGCCUCCCGACCCAGUGAGGUGGCCAAUCCGGAGGAGGUUUACAUCACUCAUCGCAGCACAGUGUUCGGCGAGAUAAGCUUGUACGAGUUGCAAGCGGAGGAUGUGGCUGUGAUCCGCUCCCUGGCCAUUGGCAACAGCGAAAGCCUCUCCAGUGGCAGCUCCAGCUCCAGCUCCCUUGUCAGCAGCUUCUCGUACACCUCGAAGAUCAACAAGGCCGCCGACUUGGAGCACGAAGUCGAAGUGAUCAACGCCAUCAUGAAGGAUGUGCUGGAGAACGAGCUGACAGAGUUCGCGGUGUACACAAUUCGCUGUGGCAACUCCGCGAAGGCCGCCAGGGAGAACACGGCCAUUGGGUUUGUGGUGCUGCGGGAGUUCAGGCACCAUCAUCACCUGCAUUUCCACUACCAUCUGCCACGGCAUCAGAAUCACUUGAGUUCGCUGCGUGCGGAGAUCAUUUCCAUGCGGCUGCAUCCGCUCUUUCUCAUCAGCAGCGACCUGAUCUUCCGGGAUCUGUGCAUGAAGACGAGAUAUCAGGACUAUUAUUUCAUAUCCUCGGCGAAUGGCCCCCAAUUCACGAAUGAUCUAAAGAAAAUGAUGACUGUCGUUGAGCCGAAUCCCAUGAAGAAGAGUCCCGUCGCCUUCAGUGCGCCCAAGGAAGAGGACAUUACGCGGCAGUGCGUCCAGCUGCCGGAGUAUAACUUCUACGAGGAUCACCUGAUCAUCUAUCGCCACAAGCUGAAUCCCACCAAGUGGUUCGGCAACAGCGAACGGCUCGUCGUUGUUGGGUUCACGGAUGUCUGCAAAGCCUUUCUGCGGCAGUUGGUCUUUCAGUGGAACAGCAAGGACCACAAGAACUCGGAGACCUACACCUGCCUGCCCCGUGUCCAAGUGACCGUCAUCACGCUGCCGGGCGUCGUGGAGGCCGAGUACGAUGGCAUGUUCCGGUGUCCCUACUGCGGCAACUCGCCCAUGUGCUACCUGUGCUUCGAGAAUGUCUCCUGCUACGUGCGGGAUGUCACCCGCCGCAUGGACCUGCGCCACUGGGUGCACUUUGUGCCGGGCAGAGUGGAUUUUGUGGACAGAGAGAAGAAGUUCGUGAAGCUGGAGAACAGCUGCGAGAUCCACUACGACACUUUGCUGCUGGCCUGCCACAAGGAUUUCGAGCUGAGAAACCCCAACCCGAGCCCCGCGACGCCCAGGAAGCGGCCCUGCAACUUUGUGGAGAUCAAUUCGAGGCUGAAGAAGUUCUCGCUGUUCUACAAGCUGCGCGCAAUGCUCGAGGAGAUGCCUCGCACCUACCUGAUCCUCGUCUACGGUGCCAACCUGCAGACCUACGAGUGCAUCGCAUUCCUCAUCGGCCACGGGGCGGACCCUUCGCGGAUUGUGCUGGUGCAGCCGCGACGCGUCUCCGGCAUCGAUGCGGAGGAGAAGCUGAAGAAUCCCUACUGGGACCAGAAUCUGCAGUACAUCCUCGAUGACAUCAUCGCGGAUGCUGGCGUCAAGCUUGUGGAGAAUCACGACUUUGUGCGGUGGGUGGAGGCGGAGGCCACGCAGUUCAUCAUGGAGGUGGUCUUCGAGCACUUUCCCAGCGGGCGGCAGACCUCCUUCGACUGCGAUCUCUUCAUAUCCUUCGACGAGGGCCACAUGGAGCCGAGUGUUAAGAAGUGGCUCAAGCGUUGUGGCAUUGAAAUGCGCAAGAACGAAAUCCUCGUGGAUGAGCAGUUCCAGACGAAUGAUCCGAGCAUCUAUGCCGUGGGCAAGUUCAUACGCAUGACGGGCGCCCCGAACUACCAGUACAAAUACACCAGCGAGCGGGAGCUGGGCCGCAAGCUCAUGCACAUCCUGCAGCUGACUCCCAGGCAGCCAGACUUCGAGCACAAGUACUCGGAGCCGCUGUUCUUCCAGGCGAUGCUGCCGCUUGGUUAUGUCAUCACAAAGGUGACCAUGCCACGGCGCUACCUCGCCUCCCAGCUGCCACCGGAGUACACCUGCAACCUGACCACCUACAGGAGCAACACCUUCUGCCGCGUGGCCCUGGCACCCAACAUGCAGGUGGAUGAGAUUGUUGUGGUCACCAAGAAGGUCUCCCAGCUGGACUAUCUGGAACACUUUUGCGGCAGGCACGAGCUGCUGCUGAACAACCUGAAGGCGCGCUACGCUGCCAAGACCAUCAGCUGCUUUCUGUUGUACUUCCAGCAGCCCUGGACGGAGCUGCUGAUGCACGAGCACUUCCAGGAGCUGCAGGAGCAGAACCACGAGCUGCUCAAGCCCAUGGUGACAUCGAAUUUGAAUUACGCCAAUCGAAGUCCCUUUAUGGAUGUGGCCGUGCACGACUUUAUCAAGCUGAACAAACGCUACUUGGAGCAGCAGUUGCUCAACUUCUUGAGAGAACAUCGCAGGGAUUUUCGCUAUCCAUUCGCACUGCCCGAGGAUUAUCUGAGCAGCGGCUUGUCAGCGUGGGACAGCGACACGGAGACAGAGUUCGAGGCUGUGGCGAAGAAUAUGUAG